AUGGAUACCAUCGUGCCUUCGGCCAACGCGGCCUUUCCCUCGUCGGAUGCCAUCUUGAAGUCGGUGAGCACUACCGUCUCCGAGAUCAUCGACAGUGUCGACAUCAGCAGUCCGCCCGCCCAUGCUCUUGAACUCUCCUACAUUGAGCAAGCCAAUCCUCGUGGUUACACGCGUCCGAUGUUCUUCUUCCCUGCAGUCGACAAUGUUGAUCCGAUGGAAGUGGUGGAGAUUUUCCGCAAAGCUUUGGAGCCAACGCUCAAAGCCAUCCCAUCUCUGGCUUGCGAGAUUGUGCCAGUCGAAGAUGGAAAGAAACCCCCUGGAAGAGUGGCUCUCAAGCAUGGUGAUUUUGGUUCCUUGAUCGUCAAGGACAUUCGUGGUACUGGUUUCUUGUACGAGGAGUUGCGCAAGCAGAAGUUCCCUCAAUCACGGCUUGACCCUGAUGUACUCUGCGCCCGUGGUGUCUUUCCCAUAGAGGGCGAGACACAGCCCGCUUGGGUUCCUCAGCUGAACAUUAUCGAUGAGGGUUUCAUCCUUACUCUUCACAACCAUCACACUAUGUACGACGCCCAGGCCAUCAACGAGAUUCUCAGAGUAUGGUCUCAGAACUGUCGCCACGUUCAAAAUGAGUCUGUGCCUGCAUGCAGCUCUCUGCCAGUCGAACAGUUUGAAAGAUCUGCCCAUAUCACUGAUCGCGCACCAACAGCAGAUUCGGGUCGCCCUGAGCUCCACCCUGAGUUCAUGGUCCUCCCCUUCACUGUGACUUGGCCCGAGACAGCUUUCAGGAACACGCACAGACAGCGCGUCUACCGCCUAUCCCCCAAAGCUCUGGCCGAACUCAAAAAUGACUGCACCGAACCCGGCGACUCCUGGAUCUCGACCAACGACGCAGCAACAGCUUUGAUCUGGCGUUCGAUUGUUCGCGCUCAAGCCGAUCUCGAGACUUUUCCUGAAGAUGCAAUGUCCCACCACAUCAUCAACGUGGAUUUGCGUCUUCGUUCCGAUCCACCGCUGUCAAAGCAUUACCCAGGAUGUCCCAUGAACUACGCCCGACCAGGCAUGAACCUUCGUGAGCUGUGCAACUCUACUUCGCUUGCUCCCCUGGCUCGCGAGACUAGGAAACAAGUCGAUGCUCGCACACCGGAGUACACGAAAUCGCUCAUUACUCUGCUUAACAACAUCCCUGGCUAUGGCCACUUUGCCUGGACGUCGUUCCCUUCUCUUCUCACCACCGAUUGCAUGACAUCCACAUGGUACAAACUCGACAUUUUAGAUCUUGACUUUGGCGCUGCAGUUGGAAAGAUCGAGAGAGUGAGAUUCCCAACUGCAGGUCUGUUCAACGGCCUCAGCAUGAUCUAUCCUCAAAUCACUAGAGGUGGGCCCGAAGAGAUGGGAAUGGAAAUUGCGAUUGGAUUGGAGAAGCAGCAUUUCGAGAAGUUGGACAAGGAUCCUGUUUGGUGCAGGUAUGCAGAGUUGACGGAUCCGGGGUAUGAUUGUAUGUAG